AAGACUACAUCGAUUCUCCGUGUGACGCUGCGCAGCACACAGCAGCAGCAGCAGCAGCAGCAGCACAGCUCGUGCGCGCGCGUUUCGCAGGAUAUAUUCGCAGGCAGCGAUAUAUAUCGCCGGGGCCGUUCGCAGCAGCAGCACACGCGCCCGUGCAUAUCUAUAUAUGCAUUAUAUAUCCAGCCGACGCUUCGUCAUGCUGCAAUUUCGUUGAGAUGAUUCCUCGAGCCUUCGUUAGUGCAACGAUAUCGUAUUGUUACCGCAACUAGAAACUCGAUGUCGACUCGUUGAGGAUAAUAAAAAAAAAAAAAAACAACAAAAACGAAAAGUUCGUUCGAAUGGGAGUAGCAACACUGCCAGCAACCGCUGCUAAGCAACCGGGACGAGCAGCAGUGGACAAUAAUAAUGUGUCGUGAUAACAAGUGUUGUAUUAUUAUUAUUAUUAUGAGUGUGCAGUGUGUAACGUGGUGAUUGUCUUCGGUUCAAGUCUCAGUGACAAGCCCAAGUGAAUUGUAUAAAUAUAAUAAUAAAAUAAAAAAUAGAGAAAGAAGCCGUCGGUUAUUACUGAUAACAGUGAUCACAAAGAUAAUUGCACUUUAUUGCAAAUUCAGCCCUCAGUUUUGUGACAGUUUUUAAAAGUUCGUCAAGAGGAUCACUCGACGGCUGCAUAUCGAGAAAGCAGAUCUAAUGACUCAAAGGAAAUAAUCUGCCCCCUGACGAGUAGCAAAAUCCGCAUUCGUCCAUCACCACCAGGUGUCCAAGAAGUAGAGUAGUAGGAGGACUGCUGCGCGUUGACCAGCAGUCGAGCAGCAGCAGGGUCGUCGGGGUCCUUUUUUUAUUUGUGCUCCGUUCGGUGAGUCAGAUAGCGCGACUUCGCCGACUUAGCUCGGAGAAGCGCGUCAUCCGUCGCCACCAACAGGACAACGAAAAAGCCGGCACGAUUCUCGACUACGUGAUGGAUAUGACCAGCAUGAGCAGCGAAGCGAGCAACGCGGUGCGCUGGUACGAGCCGAGCCGGGCGAAUCUCGACCCGGUCUCGGCCACGGCCGCCGCCGCAGCGGCGGUCAGCGCCGCCGCCCAGGGCAACAGCUCCGGCAACGAUUACCGGGGCUACUACAGCCACGCCAAUCCGGCUCAUCAUGCCUACGCGCACAGUCGAAUGACGAGCAGCGGUAUCCCCUCGGGGACGAUGAGCCAGGUCUGUCGGCCGCACUUCCCGCCGCCGCUGCACGCCUGGAACUUCGGCGGCGCCUCGGCGGCGUCGAACAACUCCGCCGAGGACAACAAGCCCCAGAGUCCGCUCGGCCCGGCGAGCAUGGUGCCGACGAGUCUGGCAGGCCACGGUGGUGCCGCGGGCCAUCCGUUCUCGUUUCCGCCCACGCCGCCGAAGGACGCGACGCCCGACAGCAUAAGCGCCAGCACGACGUCGAGCACGGGCGCGGGUCCGGGCUCGGGCAACAACAACAACGUCAACCAGGCCAACAACAACAACAACAACUCGGUGGUCUCGGGCCUCGGGGCGGGUGGCUCGGGCCAGCAGCAGGACUACCAGGCGGCGGUGGUGGCCCACGCGAUGGGCGCCUUCAUUCACGGUCAUCACGGUGGCCAGGACGGCGGCCUCGGUGGUAACGGAGGAGCGAGCUCGUGCGACGUCAAGCCCUCGGUGAUGCUCGGUCACCACCAGGUCGGCGGCCAGCCGGGCAACUCGUCGCCGACGCACCAGCAGCACAAUCCCCAGUCGCAGUCGGGCCAAGUGAAGCAGCGCGAAGGUAAUCAGUCGUCCGCGAAUUCGGCGAGCAAUCAGCAACAACAGCAGCAACAGCAGCAACAGCAACAACAGCAGCAACAGCAAAGCAGCCAAAAUUAUCAGAGCACUCAGCAUCAGACGCCGACGUCGCCCACGUGUCGGGAGCCGACGAGUUACGCGUCCCAGUACGACUCCUCGUACAUGUAUCAGUCCCUCCAGUAUCCCACGCAUCACUCCCACAGUCACGCGGCGGCGGCCGCGGCGCACAACGCGAGCGCCGCCGCGGCCGCCGCCCUGUUCGCCGCGCCGACGAAUCAUCACGCGGUGAGCGGCGUCGUCGCGUCCGCGUCCGGACUCGGCUCGGCUGCGAGCGAGUCCAAAUUGCUGGGGGGCGGCUCGCAGCACGUGAAUCAGAACACGCCGGCGUCGCCCAACACCACGCAUCAACAGCAACACAAUAAUCAGCAGGUGCAAAAGCCCAGGAACAAAUCGAGGACCUCCGCCGAGGGUCGCGAGUGCGUCAAUUGUGGAGCCACCUCGACGCCGCUAUGGCGAAGAGACGGCACUGGACACUAUCUGUGCAACGCUUGCGGGUUGUACUACAAAAUGAACGGUCAAAAUCGUCCACUUAUCAAGCCAAAACGACGACUGUCGCUGCAGAGCGCGGCCAGGCGCGCCGGUACCAGCUGCGCCAAUUGCAAAACCGCCACGACGACGCUGUGGCGACGAAACGCCGCCGGCGAGCCGGUCUGCAACGCCUGCGGACUCUACUACAAACUCCACAACGUGAACCGACCGCUGACCAUGAAGAAGGACGGCAUCCAGACGCGCAAUCGCAAGCUCUCCUCGAAGAGCAAAAAGAAAAAGUCGAGCAGCUGCCUGGGCAUCGGCGUGAUGGGCGACAUGAUCAAGACCGGCGCCCAUCUGGACCUCGACAACAAGCCCUUCCACUCGGGCUUCGGCGCGCCCAUGAGCGACUACCGUACCUCGCAGCAUCACCACACGAUGCACCCGGCCAUGCAGCACUACAUGUACCACACGGGCGUCGGGGUCGGCGUGACGGGCUCGCUGCACCAGGGCUUCACGGCGCCGCCGCCGCCCUCGAUCCAUCCCCAUUCCCAUGCCCAUCCGCACUCGCAGCACAUGAGCAGUCUGCAGGGACUGCACUUGGCCGCCACGACGAAUGCAAUGACGGGCUGGAGAUCGGAAUACACUUGAACGAGCGAUAUCUUCAGUCACUAAAUAAAAGCUGGGCACGAAAAAUUGCUCGCUUUUAAUACUUACACACAAGCCAGAUAGAGAGAGAGAG